AUUUGGAAUAUAAUUUGGAGUUUGGUUUGUUGACGUUGAGAAUAAUAACAUGAUCUAAUUUUAUUUGUAGAUAUGGCGAAUGAUUAUUGUGGCCCAGUCGAUAAUUCUGUGCUCUAUGACCAAGCUAAUCACAUAAGCACAACAAUCUGGAACGGGGGGUUAAGAGAAAAGCUAACAAUCCGUCAGAGUACAUCUAAUCUCGGCGAAUGGCAUUUACAUGAUUAUCAAGUCCACUUAUUGCGGCAAUGGGGAUUUGGGAUGUUUGUAAACCCAAAGUCGGUUAUGCAGAAUGAUGUUAGCUUGAUCACAGCUUUAGUGGAGCGUUGGAGACCCGAGACCAACACUUUUCACUUCACUUUCGGGGAGAUGACUGUGACCCUUGAAGAUGUAUAUAUGUUGAUGGGUCUACCAGUGGUUGGAGAGCCAAUUAGAUCCGAUGAUGAUAUUCCACAUAGGAGUACAUGGCUUCGAAGAUGGCACGAUCCAGAACUUACAGAGGAGCAAAGGAAAUCUGCCUUGGACCGUGGUGGUGUGAAGUUGAGAUUUUUGAGAGCGCAGUAUGGUACUUGCCCUUCGAGUACAGAUCGGGAUAUGAUGGUGAUAUACACUCGGGCAUAUGUUCUCUACUUGUGUGGGGCAAUACUGUUUCCUACCAAGUCCAACAAUGUCGUCCACCCUCGACUGAUCCUAUUUCUAGAGGAUCCGAGCAAAAUUUAUGGAUAUGCUUGGGGGGCUGCAGUUCUUGCAUAUCUAUAUAGGAAUUUGCAAGAGGCUAGUAGAAAGGAUGUCAGGUCCAUAUCCGGUUGUACAACAGUUUUGAUGCUAUGGUCUCGUGAGAGGUUGCGCCCGGGACAACCUUUGAUAGCAGAAAAUACGAGGAUGAUAUGGCCUAGGGCAUUAGCAUGGGCUGUUGCUCCAGUCUCUGCAGGGAGGUCAAAGUUCUACAACGUUCAUCACAACAUCGAUGCAUACAGAGGUAUGUUCGAUAAUUUCUAUUUGGAUUGGGUGCGUUGGAGGCCAUAUGCACGUUUCUAUCGGAGGCCUGAUGCGCAUUUCGAGAGAGCUCUAAUUGCCGGCAUUGCCCGUGUACCACUCCAUUACUUUGAGGAUGUAGAGUACCAGCUCCCAGAAAGGGUCCCAAGGCAAUUCGAUAUGCCGUUGUGUAUACCUCCAGAUCCCCCUGCAGACAUGAGAGGUUUGAGGUAUACCAAUGACAAUCCUUUCAUGCAAGUGCAUCCAUUCUACCGGCAGCAGUAUGUAGACAUGUGGAAUAACUUCGUCCAAAAUGGAGUUGGUAUUGUGGAGCCAGCGGAGAAUGAGAUUUCGGAGGAAGCCUAUAUGGAUUGGUACUACAAUAUCACGAAGCUAAAGAUUAUACCGCCAUCGAGGGCCACGAAAAAUCCGGCCGUGUACCAACAAGCCCGUGACAAAUGCGACGUGUCCAAGGCGAUGGAUUUGAUCAUCACGACUGCUCGAGGUAUGAGCGAGCUCUGUCUGCAUGAGAUGCCCCCGGUUUUCCAUGAUUCCGUAUUACCGACAUUUGUCAGGGGUUAUGACGAGCUCAUGUUAGAGACUUUUGGUCCGACUUAUGAGAGGCCCGACUUCAAGAAUGUGCUGCCCAAAAGGAAGGCAAGAAGGACCACGGAGUCAUCGAGUCAACCGUCUGGGAGUGAUUUCUUCAAAGAGUACGAAGCCUAUGAACAUCCUACAAGUUCUCCUUUCGAGACUACACAGUAUGAUGUCGGGCCCAGUGCACCUCAGUAUGAUGUUGGGCCCAGUGCACAGCAUGAUGUCGAGCCUAGUGCACCUCAUUUUGUUUAUCGGCCGGUAAUAGAUUUUGCUGAUUAUUAUAAUGUACCAAUUUCUCGUGAGGAUCCUAUUCCUCCAAUCGAGGACUUCCCUACCGAGGAUUUUAUCACGAUGCCGGUACCUCGAUAUGAAAAGGGACAUCUUCUCAAACCCCUCAACCAAAGCAAGGUGGACUGGUUGCAAGCACAUUGGUGGAGUGGACAACCAAUUGAUUUGGCUGAUAUACCGACACACUGCAAAGAACGUUCUCUGAGAUCAAUAGCACCGGGCAACCUAGUCGAGGACUCAAUCGUUGAUGAGUAUUGUAAGUUGGUCAUGGAGAGGGAUAGGAUGUAUUACAGUCAGUCAGAGAAGGCUGCAAGAUUUUAUUAUAUGAGUCCAUGGUUUGCUCCAUUGAUGAUAUCAUAUCAUAUCAAAAAGAAGAAUCUUUUAAAGAGAACGGCCAAAGAAUGGGCACAGUUUGAUACUGAUUGCGUGUCAUAUGGCACAAUGGACAAAGGAGCAAUUAAGUGUUGCGAUUUUGACUACAUUAUAAUACCAAUCGCCACGGACGGACAUUGGAUACUCUUCUUAUGGUCCGUAAAGGACUUUCGGAUUACCCUAUUCGAUUCUCUAUAUGACGAUGCCCCUUGCAUGUCUCUACGAGAAUUAUAUAGAAAGGAGUUUGUUGUUGUGGAACAAAUUAUACCUAUCAUGUUUCAUCGCUUGGCCCCCGAGAGAUUCCCGGAAGAUGCGAUUAUAUAUCCACAAGUAGAGAAUGUGGUGGAACGACCCAAGCAGAAAAAUUGUAUUGAUUGUGGUGUGUUCCUCAUGAAAUACGUGGAUUGCAUUUUGACUUGUAAUUCUGAAAACUGGCUUGGGACGGAUUGGAAUGAAGAUGUUAUAAAAAAUUUUCGUCAUCGCAUCGCAUGGGAGCUUCAUAAAGGCAUAGCCCGUCAUCCAACGGAAACAUCGCUUCAAGCUAGAUUAGCCGGAUUAUAAAUUGUUAGAUUUUGUUAGAUGGAUUGUAAUUUAUUGAUGGAUUGUUAGGAUUUUGGUAUUGAUGGAUUGUUAGAUUUC